CGGGAGGCGGCUGGAGGUGAGCGGGGACAGGCCGCAGUCCCCCCGCUGGCCUGCGCCCCGGAGCGCCUCCGGCCCGGCCCGGCCCCCGCACAGCAUGGCGGGGCCGUGGGGGGGCCGGCUGGCUCGCCGCUCCUCCCGGGCUGGCGGCGACGGGUGCUGCUGGGCUCUGCCGACGGGGCUGCUGUGCGCCUAUGGCUUCUUCUGCAACGUGCGGCCCUCGGAGCCCUUCCUCACGCGGUACCUGCUGGAGCCGCACAAAAACCUCUCCGAGACCCAGGUGUUCAACGAGAUUUACCCGGUGUGGACUUACUCCUACCUGGCGCUGCUCUUCCCCGUGUUCCUGGCCACGGACUACCUGCGGUACAAGCCUGUGGUCCUGCUGCAAGGCCUGAGCCUCAUCAUCACCUGGUUCAUGCUGCUGUACGUCCAGGGGCUGCGGGCCGUCCAGCUCCUGGAGUUCUUCUACGGGAUGGGGACCGCCACUGACAUUGCUUAUUACUCCUACAUCUACAGCAUCGUCGACAUCAACCUGUACCAGAAGGUCACCAGCUACUGCAGGAGCGCCACCCUCGUGGGCUACACAGUGGGCUCGGUGUCUGGGCAGGUCCUUGUGUCGGUGGCAGGGUGGUCCCUCUUCAGCUUGAACGUUAUCUCCUUAACCAGCAUAUCCAUUGCCUUCGGUACAGCGUGGUUCCUGCCGAUGCCACAAAAAAGCCUUUUCUUUCACCACGUCUCCAGUCAGCAGCUCAGUUGGGAAAUGAAGGUCAUGGACUGUAAAAAUGGAUCUGCUGUCCAGGAUCGUCCCAAUGUUCAGAGUGCACCUGGCUGGGAGGAUGAGACAAAAGCUCCCCUAAACGGGGAGGGUCAUUCAGCAGAGAAACGGGUGCAGAAAGUAGACAUUGUGAAGGUUCUCAAAGAUCUCUGGAAAGACUUCCUGCAGUGCUACUCCUCCCGCACAAUGCUCUGCUGGUCUGUGUGGUGGGCACUGUCCACCUGUGGCUACUUCCAGGUCAUCAACUACGCUCAGGGCCUGUGGGAGAUGGUGCUGCCUUCUCACAACACGGAGAUCUACAAUGGUGCUGUAGAGGCGGUCUCAACGCUGCUAGGAGCUGUUGCAGUGUUUGUUGUGGGUCACAUAAAAACAUCCUGGGCAAUGUGGGGUGAGGUGGCACUUUCCCUUUUCUCCUUUCUUAUUGCUGCUGCUGUAUAUAUCAUGGACACUGUUCGUAACAUCUGGGCGUGCUAUGCGUCAUAUGUUGUCUUCAGAAUCAUCUACAUGCUGCUAAUCACAAUAGCAACGUUCCAGAUUGCUACAAAUCUCAGUGUGGAGCGGUACGCCCUGGUGUUUGGGGUCAAUACUUUCAUUGCCUUAGCACUUCAGACUCUACUCACUUUGAUUGUUGUGGAUGCCAGCGGGCUUGGGUUGGACAUCUUCACCCAGUUCAUGAUUUAUGCCUCUUACUUUGCGGCCAUCUCACUGGUGUUCUUGGGCAGUGGCAUAUUCAGUGUUAUGAAAGCUUACAGAAGAAGACAAAAGCGGAUGGAAAGCAGAUCUACUGAAAGCCAAUAGUGUACCAAGUGAAGACUCUUGGUGGCUACAUAUGAAGAUAUAGGUCUGGUUUCAGUUUGUUUUUUUAAUCUCUGCCUUUUCUUCCCAAGGCAGUCACCUUAACGGUACUUGAUCCAUAUUUAUACUAUAUUAGUAGCACAUUUUAGAAGGUAAAUGUAUUAGCUCUUACAUAAGUAAGAACAAAUACCUUCUUUCUAAAAUGCCUUUUGUUCUUCUGUUGCAUAUAUGGGAUGUACAGCAGAGAACAGUAAGCUUUCUCAAAGAAUGAAAGCCUUGGGAGGUUUUAGUCUAAGUCUAUGCAUCUGGAGGCUGCCAUUGCAGCUUUGUGACUGUCUAGUCAACUGCUGCUCUCUGUCACUGAAGUGCUGCUGCAGGGCAGAAGUAAGGGCACUCUAACAGACCUCUAUCUGGAGAGCUCCAGGCCUGGGACAGGAGGUGGCCUUAGGCCUGCACUCUGCAGCGUGGCUCUCCUCUCCUGCUGAUUUCUGCUCUGUCAGUUUUUCCUCUUAUUUUAAAAUGCCUUCACGCUUCUGGUGAGUCUCUGUCCACUAUUCCUACCUCUGCUCUCCACCGAAGCAGGACAAUGAAUGUUUGAAAUAGGUAGUUCUCUUAUUUUAUUUUGCUCAGCCUGAGCAAUUUGGGAUUUGCCUCCUACCUGUUUUUUAAAAAUAAUUUAUUUUUUUCCAAAUUGCUUCAGUAGUGGGAAAGAGUUGCACAGAGUUGUCCUGGGCUUGGGCACUCGGGCACCAUGACAGCAACAAGCUGUCCAUGGUAUACUGUGAAAAUGGCCUAUGGACUGUCCCUGUUGCUGUGCAGGUUGUGAUGAGUUUAAAUGUACAGGAGAACUGGUAAGGGAGAAGAUGCAAUGCAGCAUGCUUCCCUCCAUGUCUUCUGUCUGUACUGGUUAGAGCUUCUUCCAGUCGGAGCCUGAAGAAGCAGCUUUGGUUCACUGAUUGCUUUUAGUGCCAUGGAGACUUCACAGCAUCGGGGUGUAGGAAGGCUCCUCUCCCCUGGCUGGGACAGGUAUGGCCUUUCUCAUCACUUUUGUGACCUUUAGCCUUUACCACACAAGGUGAAUGACUAAUGUGUUUGGGAUGUGCUGUCUGGGGAGCCCUUUGAGGCUGGUUGCUCAGGGGAGCCCACGCCCCAAAGCUUCUCUGUGCUUGCAGUGUGCCUCCUAGGGCAUCCCCCUAAACGUAGGGGCUCAGCUGUAUGGGCACUUGCACGUGUACACUUAACUGCCUUAUCCUGAAAUGGAGACUUGAAACCACCCAUGUAUAUAUUCCUUUCGUCACUGUUUUGGGGGGUUUUUUGUUUGGUUUUGUGUUGGUUUUUUUUAAAAAAAAUCAAAUCUGAAGCCAUGAAAUGCUACCUGAUAAGCUGUCUGGGGAAAGGGAUAGUAACUGCACAUCCUGCAUAUCCUGUCCUUUGGGUUCCUUGGUCUGAUGGCAGUUGCAGCAAGGCAUGAGGAAUGGGCAUACGGCACUUCUUGUCAAGUGACCAAAAGCAGCUCAAUUUUAAUCACAUUUUUUUCAAAAAAAAACCCACCAAAUCCUUGAUGGGGAACAACCCGGUCAUUUAAAAGCAAGUCAAAAAUUAACUAAAGAAUUACAGCAAUAACAAUGUUUUCUACCAAAGUAAUGAAACUGUGGCAACUGCAAUAGAGAGGAUGCCACACUGUGUGCGUCCUCAGGCCUAUUAAUGUAUGGAAGCCAUACCUGGAUGUUGUUCAGGUUUCUACACUGUGCUGUUGCUGUGGUGAUGAGGUGACUGACUAUAGAGCCUGCCUGGAGCUGUACACAGAGUUACUGAUGCCUAUGAAAUUCUGUAAACGUGUUGACGGUGGUGGUUUCUAAUUGAAUAGCUAUUUUUUAUUAAAUAAAAAUACUCUGAGAGA